AAACUAAACUAACAGCGACUUAAAGUUAACAACAACACUAACUGAACUAGCACUACUGCUCGGUGACUGUUUUCUACUCUAUUCAACAGUGGUUUAAAACUAAUCUUAGAUGUUAGGGUUAAAAUUAAUUCUCAGAGUUAUUCAAUGGCCAAUUUAUUGACUUGUAAAUCUCUAAACGGAUGUACAAGAUAAGUUAAGUUACUUGAAUAGGCCUAGUCGAAACUUAAAAAAAGUCGGUUGGUAACUGAAUAACACGUGAAAAUAAGGGCCUUACAUAUUCAAAUCAUAAAAAAAAUAUUAAAAUGACUGAGAAAGACUACAGAUCAAGGCCUACAGGUCUAUCAAAAGAAGAAAUUGCCAAACAGUUUCAACUGCCAGAAAGGAAGUCUAAAAUCGCGACAUUGUUAAAGCAAGAUGGACAGGCCUAUUGCUUGUGUCGCUCCUCAGACAGCUCUCGCUUUAUGAUAGGCUGUGAUAGCUGUGAAGAAUGGUAUCAUGGGGACUGUAUUGGCAUCACUCAGAAGGAGGCUAAAUUCAUCAAGCAGUAUUAUUGUCCGCGUUGCAAAGAAGAGGACCCCACUCUGGAAACAAAGUUCAAACCCGGCGGAAAGUUGGACAGUGACAGAGACCGUGUGCAGUCUUCUGAUAAGGACAAGUCUAAAAAGAAGAAAGAACCUCGAUCUUCAGACCAUAGUACUGACAAAAAGAGCAAAAGUGCUUGUGGUCAAUGCAUUAACUGUGGACGUCAUGAAGAUUGUGGCACUUGCCAGGCUUGCAAGGACGCCAAGAGGUUCGGUAGCAGUAGACAACGAGAGAAAUGUUUCAAACGUCAGUGCCUAAAAGUUGCUAAGGGCAAUGUGAUGGGACGGAGAGGUCGCAAGACUACUGCCGGGGUUGCUACAGAGAGUAAGAAGACUCAGUCAGACUCUGAUGUAGAGUAUGUACACAGCACAAAGGUGAUUGGUCCCAUGCAGUGCUAUGGGCCUAACUGUACCCGCCAGAACCGACCCAACAGCAAGUAUUGUAGCAAUGAGUGUGGUCGUCUCCUAGCCACCAACCGCAUCUAUCAGGUACUGCCUCAACGGAUACAGGAGUGGGCCGUGACUCCUAGCAUAGCGGAGACUAUGAACAGACAACAGUUGGAUACUAUACGCAAGCAGCAAUGGGAAGUCAAGAAUAUAUUGCAAGAACUAGACAAACGCCAUUUGGAGCUAGAUGCUAUCCUAGAGAGAGCUAAGAAUGCGCUGAUAGAAGAAAACGAAGAGGAGACAGAAGAAGAAGGAGAAAUGAGUAUGUAUUGUAUUACCUGUGGACACGAGAUCCAUUCACGCACUGCCAUCAAACAUAUGGAGAAAUGCUUCAACAAGUACGAAAGCCAGGCUUCUUUUGGGUCAAUAUACAAGACAAGGAUUGAAGGCAACAAUAUGUUUUGUGACUUUUACAACCCUGCCAACCGCACUUACUGUAAACGCCUGCGAGUACUUUGUCCUGAACACUGCAAGGAUCCCAAAGUCAGCAAUACAGAGGUUUGUGGCUGCCCUUUGGUCACAAAUGUUUUUGAUCUCACCGGAGAGUUUUGUCGACAAGCGAAGAAGUCCUGCCUCAAGCACUAUUGUUGGGAAAAAUUAAGACGAGCUGAAGUUGAUAUGGAACGAGUCCGGCAGUGGAUGAAACUAGAUGAGCUGGUAGAACAGGAAAGGCAGAUUCGGCAGAGAAUGUCUGAUCGUGCUGGAGUACUUGCGUUGAUGUUGCACUCUACCUACGACCAUGAGAUCAUGGAACAAGUCAAUACUACCUCACAGUCUAGCAGUGAGCUAGAAGAACAGCUUUCAGUUGCAACUUAACCAUUGUCAAUUGCCGAUCAUAGAUUGCUAAUGAACAAACCCAAAUAAUAUCUGCAAUUCCUAAAAUCAAAAUUUCUUGUCAUGCGAGGAACCGCUGAAUUGUCUGGUCAUCUUUUAGUCCAGCCAAGGGUGCAGUUCCGAAAAGUGGAUUUUAGUUAUCAAACUUAUCAGGGUGUCUACCAACCGGGAAAUCCGGGAAAACCGGGAAUUGUACUUAAUUUUUUACUGGCCAUGAAAUGUACGGGAAUUGUCCUUAAAUGCCAGACUAUGUCCUUAAAUUUUUAAUGGGCCAUAAUUUUAUCGAUCGCUAGUUGGUUAGGAGCACAUAAAAGGUUUAUCAGAUGUUUGUUUACAUUUUCAUAAUUUAUUACUAGAGUAAUAAAAACCCCAAUAAAAACCAAAUAUGCAAUAAAAACCCCAUUAGAUUUCUCAAACCCAUUAAUAUUUUAUCACAACAAUCAAGUGUCAAAUCAAGUACUUCCAAGAACUGUUGACUCAGUAGUAGUUUAGCUCAUAAAAGCUGUAUGACUUUUAUCCCUUACAACAUUUAUUUAUUACUAGGGUAAUCAUUAUUAGAUCCCAAACAUAUUUUAUCAUGGAAAUAAUAGUUUUAUAAUGGCUGUUAAAUUUCGCUUCUUACUUGUACUUCAAUUUGCCGCUGGCCAUUGCCUAGUGCCAUAAAACUGUUUAUGGUUUCAUAUAAAACAUGUAACUAAUCUUAAACAUAACUAAGUUAAACCCUUUUUCUAUGGAUAUUUUAUCUUUCAAUUGCAAAACCAAAAGCAUCGGUUGUUUGCAUUAAAUUUUUAUCACUACGUAGGCCUACUUGGUUUCAAAUGAUGUCAUAGCAUUUUCUGUAUCUUUGUACAUUGUUGGCAGUCAGGUUUCAAUUUUUUUUAUUUCCCAUAUUUAUUUAUUGAGUUGUAUGCUUUAAGCAAUCUAAAUCUUAUGAACUAGAAUGAUGAUAUUGUUUGUAGUGACUUUGCUGAUAUUAUAACCUCAUUGUUUGUUACUCAGUUAAUAUAGGCCCUCCUAAAUAGUUAGGUCUAGGCCUGGGUAUUUUGAUUCUUUGAAAGUGCUGUAAAAUUACUAAGAAAAUGUAAUUGAGCCUAAGAUAAAGUAAUGAUUGCUAUGUGUCGAUAUUAACUUUGCAGAUGAAAAGACAAUAAUCUUACUCUGUGCUUACUGGUAGCCGCUUACCAUACCGAUUUUGUACCUAGAACCGAGUUACAAUAUAUUCAUUAUGCAUUAAAGAUUUUUUUUUCAAAAGUAGUCGAGAACCUAACGUUGUGCCAGGGUGAAUAAUGCCAAAUUAAUCCGCCUGGAUCGGAUAAGCUAUGUUAUGAUGUUUCCGUGACCGAUGGAGAUAUUUAGGAUUUUGUCGCUAUUGCAGGAGACAAUGAUUGCAUUUUCUGUUACACUAUAAAAGCUGUACCUAAAGUAUAUGUUUGUUUACUUUCAAUAAGUUUCUAUUUUGAAAUUUAAUUCUUGUCUAUUAUUAUUUACUUUUCUCUCUGGAAAAACUACGAAGAACAAGAUUAAUACAGUUUGACAAAUCAGGAAUAUUAUUCUGCAAUCACGCCGACAAAGGUCCUUAAAUGUACGGGAAUUGUCCAUGAAUUUUUUAUCCAGAAUGUAGUAGACACCCUGUUAAUACAAAAGACUUCGAGCCCAGAGAGCUUGGGACUGUACCCUUGGCUGGACUAAAAGAUGGCCAGACUAUUCAGCGCUUCCUUCAAAUCCUUAACUGUAUAAAGGUGUUAACCUUAACAAUACUGACAUUUUCCUGACUAAUGAUUUUAGACAGAUUCACUCUUGCGCCUCUUGGAGGGGAAGGUCAUACGUCUCGAAGUUAUCAGCAGUAGGUGAAUUAUUGAAGAAGGAACCAGGACUCCUUGGGAUUUCGGACAUUCAAUAACUUUUUAUUCAUGACAGUAAUUUUGAUCUGAGGAAUUGCAGUUAAUAUUUGGGUUUGUUUUUCUUCCCUCAAUGGCAAACGUUGCUUAACAUGUUCUUGUUUCCAAAAUAUUUCCUGAGGUGGCACAAAUGCCUUGAUUUGAAUGGUGUUUCUUGAGUGAUCUUUCACUUUAAGAUUUUCAUUUUCUUGUUUAAGAACAUCAUAGUUUAGCUUUUGAAUAGCUGUAUACAGAGUUUACAACAGGAGUGACAGGCCUAGGUCCGGAUGUUAGACUCUCAUGUAUGUUUUUAUCACUUAUGGUUUGUGCCUUUCCAAAGAGUAUAUAUAUAGAAGUGGAACCUCUGAUAUGGUAUUGAAUGGGGGAUACUAUGGUUUUAUACCUGUUUUUCAUGGGUAUAGUUUUCUCAGUACUUUGGGCAGUUAUGUUCACAUACAGCUGAACCAAUAGGGUCACCACUCUCUUGAUUUUGGUGUCACAGAGCACCGCUCUAGGAAUGCCUUCUGGAGCAGGAGUUUUGAGCAAACCCUUUUUGGCUGGAAUUUUAGUACCAAUUGUUUGAGCAGGUGUUUUGAUGACCGCUGAAACACUGUGUGAAAGAAUCCUGCUUUUGGUUAGUGAGGUUCCUGGCCUAGGCGUUAAUUUGUUUGUCUCUGGGAUAUAAAAUUAUUGACUUUGUAGUAGGGUGAAGCUUUGACGAGGUGAUAUUAGUCAGGGUUUUGAUGGGUAUUUUCUUGUCCUUGCUUAACAGAGAAUGACCUUGUUUGCCUACCAAGGCGGAUAGUGUAGUUUUUAGUGAUACUAGUUUUGGAAUAUUGGAUGUGUAUUUAUUAACUUGUGAUAUUUGCUUGGCAAAUUUAAAGCUGCUGGCUUUCAAGGAGUCAGAUUUCACAAGCAGUUUUGAAGGUCUCAGCAUACUUUUUCAACACUUUUUCAGUAUACUUUUUACUUUAGUAAACAGGCAGUUUGGACAGUUUUGAUGUUUCUUUCUCAUCAACGUCCUUGGAUUUCUUCGUAACAAGUGUUUCAUUCAAAGAAUUCUGACGGGAUUGCACCAAGAUUUCAAAGCCUGCUUCAUCGACAUUAUCUUGGUUGGAUUUUGUGCUUACUGCACCCUCUUCACCACAUAUAUCCUAAUCAGACACAUCUCUAUAAUUUUAAAAUGAAUUCGACUGCUCAGAAGAGGACUGAUUUCCGUCACAAGUUUGGUCAAAGGUCAAAAGAGGGCUGGACCGGGUUGAAAUCGGUAAAAAAUGAAAAAUGCUGAAAGCUGUCAGAGCUUAAGUUGAGGCAGACUACCCGACCUUGAGAGUGUAACAGGACAAUUGCUAGGCCGACCCUCCAAGUAAAUCAAAUUAACCAUGCAUUGCUGAAUACUCCACUUAAAAGUGAAAAGCCGCCAUUUGUUUUCAAUAUUUAUCUCAGAGUAUACUUCAUGUUUUCCGUAAAUUGGUAAAUGUAAUCAUUGACUAUUUAACAGUAGUGUUAUAUAGUCAAUGAUGUAAUGCUAGUAUGUAAUUUUUAAUAGUGUUUUUUUUUUAUUUACAUAUAUGAUUUAAUUUAUUAUUUAUAAUUUAUUAGUACUGAACGUCUAAAAAAUAUUUAUUUCAAAGUUACUACUUGUCAAGUUUUAAAAUUUUGGUUUUCAGUAUCUAUAUAAAUUUUAACAAUUAGAUAUAAUUCAUACACAAACAUUUAUGAGGAGUACACAAGGCCCAGAGUACAGUAUUUGUUUUUAUUCAUAAAAUGUCUUAAAAUUGUAAAAAUACUGUCUUUUAUGUCUUAUGUUUGUUUUUACCAGGGUUUGUUGUUUAAACAUGUUUAACUGUUGUAUGUAAAGUACUGUUUGUAAUUAGUUGUAUUUUUUU